AUGUCAAACGAUAGCAAAUCCUUACCAAAGGAUAAAAUAGAUUCAGUGGAUGUUAUUUCCCAAGAUGUCGAAUCCAAUUCUGAAGAUACAUUAGAACCAGAUGUCGCGGAGUUGCCAAAAGUUGUUAGGGAAAUUGUCCCUCUUGAGGAUGAUCCAACCAUACCAGUCAUGACAUUCAGAUUUUUCCUUCUAGCAACAAUAUUUAUUAUUCCAGGUAGUUUUAUUUCCACACUUAACUCAUUUCGUACUACCAGUGCAGCCUAUUCCAUUUUCUUUGUCCAAAUUGCUUCCCAUUGGUGUGGUAAAUGGUUAGCUAGAGUUCUCCCCAAUAAACAAAUAAAACUAGGAAGAUGGAUAAAUUUCAACUUAAACCCUGGUCCUUGGUCAAUUAAAGAAACAGUUUUAAUCACUAUUGCUGCCUCGAGUGGAGCUACAGGAAAUAUGGGCACCAAUGCCCUUGCAUUAGCUGAAUUGCAUUAUGGAGAAGUAGUUAACCCUGCUGUUGCGAUUUUCUUUAUGUGGGCGAUUGUUUGGAUAGGAUAUGCAUAUGCUGCCAUUGCACGUAAUUUCUUGUUGUAUGACCCACAGUUUAUAUGGCCACAAGCAUUGAUGCACACAACUUUAUUCCAAACGCAAUCUAAAAAUGAUAAGAAUGCAAAACAGGGUUCCAAGCAAAUGAAAGUGUUUUUCAUCACAUUAGUUGGCUUGUGUGUCUGGCAAUUUUUCCCAGAAUUCAUCUUCCCAAUGACAUCUUCAUUAGCUUUUCUUUGUUGGGUAGCACCAGAAAACUACGUGGCUAACUUUAUUGGUUCUGGCCUUGGUGGAAUGGGAUUCCUAAAUAUCUCGCUUGAUUGGGCUAACAUCACAUCAAGUAUCAUGUUAUCACCAUAUUGGAUCCAAGUAAUCCAGUUUGUUGCUUUUGUUAUUGGCGCCUGGGUAUUAAUACCUGCUGCUAAAUGGGGGAACCUUUCUAGUUUCAAAUAUGGUUUAAUGUCUAACAGCUUGUUUUUGGCCAACGGAACGAAAUAUCCAACAAAUGAAUUGCUUACACCAGAUUACCGCUUUAACGAGACUCGUUACAUGGAAUUGCUGCAUGUCCAUCUUGGGACUCAAAGAGUGAUUAAUAUGUUUUUUGAUUAUGCAGCAUAUGUAAGUGGAUUUGUAUGGGCUGUUGUGUUUGGUUAUAAAGGUUUAUCUGCUUCAUUUAAAAAAUUUAUAAAAGCCAGAAAAGAACAUGGUUCUAUUAGUUUACAAUAUACUGACAGAUUAAACAAGUUACAAUCUGCCUAUAAGGAUGUGCCUUUGUAUUGGUUUGGAAUACUAUUUAUGAUUUCAUUUGUUAUUUUGUUAGUUAUUUUUGCCACAGAUUCUUUGUUCAUGCCAUGGUGGUGUCUUAUUGUUGCACUUGUUUUUGGUGCCAUAAUAGUUGUUCCCUUAGCAUGGUUGUAUGCAUUAUCAAACUUCCAAUUGGCAAUUGGUACGUUCAAUGAGUUGUUAUAUGGUUAUAUGAUCCAAAACCAAUCUAAUAGACAUCCAGCUGGUGCCGUUGUAUACGGUAGUGUCAGUGGUGAUGCAUGGUAUAGAUGUCAAUACAUCUUGCUUAUGGCCAAAGUAUCAAUGUUUAUGCAUAUUGAUCAGAGACUCAAUAUGAUGGCUAUGAUGUAUGGAGAAUUAAUCGGAGUACCAAUUAAUUAUGCUGCCCUUCGCUGGAUUUUACUGUCCAAAAAGGACUAUCUCACUGGGAAAAAGACGGAUCCAUUACAUCAAUGGACUGCUCAAACCAUUGUUAGUUAUCAGUCUAAUGCCAUUCAAUAUGUGGUUUUGGGUCCCAAAAGAUUAUUUGAAAAUUAUCCAGAAUUGCCAUAUGGUUUUUUGGUUGGUCUUGUUGCUCCACUAGCCAUCUAUGGUUUAUACAGAUUAUUUCCUAAUUCCAAGUUAAAGUUUCACUUAUGGAAUACAACCGUUUUCUUUUCCACUAUGAGUACCUUUUAUGGUAACAUUUCAACUGGAUAUUUUUCCAAAUUUGUUGGUGGUACCAUUACAAUGUUUUGGGCUUAUAGGUACAAACAUGAACUAUGGAAGAAGUACAACUAUCUUCUAGGCUCUAGUCUUGACACAGGUGCCAGUCUUGCACAAUUGUUGAUGUUUUUAUUCUUUUCUGCUGGGAAAACUGUCUCCUUUCCUGAAUGGUGGGGUAACAAUGGAAAAAGUGUUGAAAGGUGCUUUGCCAUGAGUUAG